CCACCCCGAUCGGCUGUCGAUGCACGCGUGGGAUCGCGAAGUCUUUUGCAAAUGUCGGGUUGCUGCGUGCCGCAGUGUUCGAAUCACUCGAGGAAUGGGUGGAAGGUAUACGGCGUUCCGACAAACGCCAAACGGAGGCGUCUGUGGCUCGUACAGAUAAAGCGCGACGACUGGGAGCUGAGCCGUAGGUCGUAUGUGUGCAGCGCCCACUUUGAACCCUGUGCAUUCGAGGAGAGGAGAGCUGAUGGGUGGCAAAAGCUCAAGCCGACUGCAAUCCCAACUUUGUUUUCUUUCCGUCGCAUCUCAAGUGAUCCGCUGCCUCCUUUGCUGUCCUGUGAGUCAUACAAACCUGACCCGAGAGCAGUUUCUAUGGAACCGAUUCAGUCCUCAAGUCAAGGAGAUGAAGCUGCACUGUUGGGGAAGACCAGCUGCCCUUUGAAAGUCACGGAGGACAUCUGGUUUGGAUGCCGUUCCUGUACCUACUUCACGAGAGAUCAGCAUGGAAUCUUGAGCCACUUGGUUGCCCAUGGUGAUGAACAAUUCAAGGGCCUACCUCCUUCCACAUUUCCUGCCUCAAAGUUUAAAGUGCACAGCAACACUCAAAAGCACAGAAGUAAUAAGCUUUUCAAGUGCAAGCUGUGUCCUCACGUCUUUACUCGGAAUUCCUCUCUGAUUGAGCAUAAUCGAACACACAGUGGUGAAAAACCUUACAAGUGCAAGCUGUGUUCCAAAGCCUUUGCUCACAGGGGCAGUCUGAACAACCACAAGGAAACCCACACUGGUGAAAAACCUUACAAGUGUGAGUUGUGUUCCAAAGCCUUUGCUUGUAGGACCGGUCUGAUCUACCACAAGAACACACACACAGGUGAAAAGCUGUUCAAAUGCAAGCUCUGUUCUCACGUCUUUACUCGGAGUUCCUUUGUGAUUGAGCAUAAUCGAACACACAGUGGUGAAAAACCUUUCAAGUGCAAGCUGUGUUCCAAAGCCUUUGCUCACAGGGGCAGUCUGAACAACCACAAGAAAACCCACACUGGUGAAAAACCUUACAAGUGUGAGUUGUGUUCCAAAGCCUUUGCUUAUAGGGGCAGUCUGAUCUACCACAAGAACACACACACAGGUGAAAAGCUGUUCAAGUGCAAGCUAUGUUCUAAAGAGUUUGCUUACAAAUGCAGUGUGAUCUACCACAUGCAAACACACACAGGUGUAAAGCCAUUCAAGUGUGAGCUUUGCCCCCAAGAGUUUACACGCAGUUCCUCUUUGAAAAACCAUAAUCGGAUACACCGUGGUGAAAAACCUUAUAAGUGCAAUCUCUGCCCCCAAGCCUUUGCUCGAAAUUCUGAGGUGAGAAGGCAUAAUGUAACACACAGUGGUGAAAAACCUCACAAGUGUGAGCUGUGUUCCAAAGCCUUUGCUUACAGGGGCGGUCUGAUCCUCCACAAGAGAACACACAGGUGAAAAGCCAUACAAGUGCAAGCUGUGCCCCCAAGAGUUUGCUUACAAACGCCAUCUGACCUACCACAAACGAGCACAUACAGGUGUAAAGCCACUCAAGUGAGGUUUGCCCCCAAGAGUUUACACACAGUUUCUCUUUGAAAAACCAUAAUCGAAUACACAGUGGUGAAAAACCUUACAAGUGAGCUAUAUUCCAAGCCUUUGCUUGGAAGUCACAUUUGGAAAGCCACAAUCAAAGAGUGCUGAAAAGUCUUUUAAACCUUUGCUUCUUAGGCCUUUGCUAAAGAUAGCAGUCCGAUCUAUCACAACCAAACACACAUGAAAUCCAUUGAAGUGCGCACUCUGUCCCCAAGCCUUCACUAGUAAGUGCACUCUGACCCAUCAUUACGAGAACACACAGGUGAAAAGCCCUAUUAGCCGUAUGCAUCAGUCAUGACUAACUAGCGCUGUUUUAAAGUUAGUAUCGCGACUAAGUAGUCACGAACUAAGAAAAAAUCAGCGAUUAAGGAUCGACUAGUUCUGCGGUACUCACAAGCGCGAAACGAGCGGGUGACUAUCAAGUCAGAAAUAAGAAGCGGAAGUAACUUAAAAGGUAGGUCACAGACACGCAUACUUAAACGUCGCUGCGUAAAUGGGUAUUUAAUCAUAUAAAAACUAAUAUUUAAAUGUUUAUUAGGCAGAAAAAGUUACAAUGAGAGACUAAUUGCCCGAGACAGAGUUUUACAAAGAAAAAUUAAAAGAAACUCAAGGAAGAAAUACGAAAGCCGCAUCGCCAACAACAUAAACAAAUAUGGAUGCACCCGUAUGUGCGUUUUUCCCCGCUAUCCAGCGUCCUGCUGAGGUCGCUUUAGCGGUACCUCUGGCCAUUGAACAUGGCUAUUUACACAAUAUUUUGUCCUCUAAUUCUUUUUACAUGUGUCCCCCUGCCUUCCGAGACAGUAAGUGCUUCGUUAGCGCUGGCGGUCAGCGGUGAUACGAGUCGGCCAUGGCACUGAGCUGCUAGUCACCCGCUAAAUACCGGCUAAGCUAGCCCUACCUCAUGACUAAGAUUUGUUAGUCGACUUAGCCGCGCGGGGCGACUAGGCCCUAAACACGACCGGUAAAUACCAAGCGCUCACUUAGCGGCGACUAUCGCUCGCCACGUGAUCAUUUUAGUUGACGACAUCGCUAGUCGGUGGUUAAACAGGCGCUACUUACGCCUGGUGAAUACGGGUGUAUAUGUGUAAACUUCCCGAAACCCUUGUUUCUACAAUUGCAGUUUGAUCUCGCAUAAUCAAACACGCAGUGGUGAAAACCUUACAAGAGUUCAAGCGAUGUCCCAAAGCCUUUGCUGAGGUCAGAAGAGGCAAACAUGCGGGCCGUAUGUGGCCUGCGACUCGCUAGGAUGCGGCCUGCUGGCAACCUGCUAUGGGCCGCCGUUUCCAUGUCUGGAGUACUAGAAAUGGCAUACGGCAUAAUGAUCUCGUGUUGCCAAUAUAUUUUUACUCGGAAUAGCUCUGCUCUCAAUACAUAUUCACGUAGUUUAUACUAUUUUGUUUUAGAGCGCACCUCUUAGUCGCCCGUUCCCGGCUUGAGCGGCGUCCCCGUCGGCGUAACCAAUGUCACGUGACCCCCCCCCCCCCCAAGGUCACGUGGCACCCCUCACCCAGGUCACGUGACUCCCCCUCCCCUCCCCCGAAGUUACGCGACACCCCCCAGGUCACGUGACCCCCUCCCCCGAGUCAGGUGACCCCCUGGAGCAUAUUAAAGAAUGAGGGGAGGAGGAGGAGGGGUCUACCCUCCCCUCAGUACCCUUCACUCCUCCUCCUCAAGAGCUGCACUCCAAUUCGGCGUUACAGGGAGUUGUAAACGGCUUACACUUUUUGCUUGCUUUGUUUUAUUUUAUUUUUGCUGCCCAGCUUUAUGUCGUGUUACCGCUACCAGGCUAUGCUUCAGUCUUUGACGUCCCAGAGAACUUCUGGUUUAUAAGAAAAAUGAACAAAGGCAACCUUAACACCGCUGUUUGAUAUGUCGAUUACAUGUUGACCUGCCAAUUCUCCAGGUGUAUGCCAAAAAGAAUGAAGUGGGAGAUCUGUGAGAUCUGUUAAAAUGUUAAUAUUCUUGUAAACCAACUUGCCUCCUCCAAGACAAUAAAAUAUACAGCCGAAGGCCUUGUUAUAUCUCCAACUUUGAUGUCCGUGUAGCAUUUAUACUUUCUAGCACUGGUGACAGAAGCAAGCUAGACAGGCGUGCAUAGACAGAAUGACUGGAAGUCGCUUUCAACGCAAGCGGCAGUUUAUAUUAGUAAACAGCAAAAGGGUCUAUACUUCGUGUCACUAGUUGCAUGCAGUACAGGUGAAGGCAAUGCCAGCGAGAGAGAAAGGGCAAGCACUAGGAACUUUCCUAGAGGUCUGCCUUUCUCUCGUCACCCUCCUCUUAUAUCCAGCCUUCCUAGUGCUCAAUCUUUCUCUCCGUCUGGCAUUGCCUUCGCCUGCACUUCACACGACUAGUGACAUGAAGUACAGUAAACUUUUGUGAAUUCAACCUCGACGGGACCUUGAAAUUUAGUCAAAUUAUUCGAGUGAUCGAAUUUAAAAAAAAGGACAGAAAAACUGUUAAAAUUAAACUUCCUUUUAUUGUCCAAAGUACUCGCGUACGGUCUGCUGCCGUCUGCGCUCAAAAUGUGCGUCCAAAAGUAGGCUUCGGAGAGCAGCGUACCCAAAACAUCACGUCCCAAAGCAUCACGUCCCCAAAAAAUUGUGCACUACAAAAAAAAACAAAAAAACAAUUCAGUUUUACGAUUGAGCUUGGCGACAAAAAGCAUAAGGAAAAGAAAUUUUGCGUUCUCCUACGCGGAGGUGGACCGCACACAAUGCUAGAGAAGCGCUUUGAGAGUGAGCGCUGAGAAAGCUUCGAUCCGACUUUGGCCCCGAACGGCCAGACCUUCAGCGACACAACAAAAAGUAACGACAACAAAAGAAAAAGGAGGAAAAGAGAACUUAUGCUUUCCGGUGCGCAAGAUGGAGUGCACACGAUGCUACAGAAAAAACGCUUUGAAAGCGCGCGCUGGCUUGUGCGCGCCCGACCACUUGCUAUGUUCUCCGCGCUACUCCAUGCCAGAUUGGUUGCGUUGGCUCUUGUCAUUCGGUAGGGUCCAUCGCAACGGCGUAGAGGAGCAGGCGCAUAUUUGUGCACGUUCGGCUUUGCAGCAAAGGGCCCGUGUUUUGGUGUUUCGCCAUACGUUGGUGGUUUUUCUGUCGUGCCGUGCAAUGUGAGCCCGCGCUCAUUCGCUCGGACGAAUUAUCCGAUGCGGAGUCUUCCCGAGUUUGAAUUAUUGAACUUUUCCUCCCAUAGAAUUGUAUGGGCACUCGCCAGGACUUUUGAACAUGAUCAAAUUAAACGAAAAGUUGAAUUAACCGAGGUCGAACUAACAAAGUUUUACUGUAUAGGGUGCAAGCUCUCGCUCUUCACUCAAAGAUGCACAUGGGCUGCACGACGGCUCUCGGAACACUGCACUGCCAAAGAUCUUCGGCACUGCCAGAGAUAAAGUUACAAGUUUGGUAAUUCUCGCCUAAGAAGAUAUCACCAUUCCUCUGGUAAGACUGCUGCUAUAAAAAAAUGUGAGCAAAGCACAGGCAACAGCAACUAACCGCAAAGCUGCUUUUGUGUGAUUUUUGAGUGAAGGGUUAAUCUAUAAUCUUGUAGAGGAAGAAUAGCGACGUCUGAGACAAACAAAAGAGAGUCCCGUUUAGUGGGGAGUUCCUCGCUCCCCUCUUGGGCUGGCCGUAGAGCUGUCGGGAUGACGUCGGGUUCAAAGAGACGGUUAAUGUCACUCACUACCUGUCAAGGUUCCUAUACGCGCAUUACAAACGAGGCUUUAGCGACAUCCACUAAGUACUCUUUGCUAAUCCUUUAAUUUGUUUUAAAAUUCCUCUUCGUGUCUUUUGUAAUAAUAUUAUGGUGUGUCCGAUAGCAUAUAUAGACCAAAAAAUAGGCAGUGAAAUUUUGUUGUAGUUUCCCUUUAAGGAACGAUGGCUUGCCAGCAGGCUUGCCAAGGGGCUUUUUAGUGUAACAAUUAAUAAACAUUCUUUUUAAUGCAAUAAGGUGGGUCAAAGAAGCUUACUCUCAAUGUUCUACCUCUUAAUGCAUACUGGGCCAUGCCUCUGUUCUUGUUCCGAGUUCCUUUCCACUUGCUCGUGGUGUGUUCUAUGAUGCUCAUAAAAUUUUCUGUAUUGUUUUGCUUUGACAUAUUCUCCUCUUUGUGGAGAAGAUAUAAGCUUGAGAAAGUAAAUGUGUGACCAGAAUUUCACUUUUCUUUUUAAGACAAGGUAAGCAGUUUCAGGCCCCAUGCUGUUGUUUCUUUUGGCUCUUGCAGAUCUCAAUACUGAAGCGAGUGGGGAGUAAUGUUUUAUCCGGUUUUCAUUUUGACGUUUUGUAGCGUGCUAUCUUUAGGAAUCUCCUCGGCGGGAAAUUGAGUGAAGGGCAUGUGUACGUACCGCGGUGCUUUGUGCUGCCGAUUGGGGUGUCGGCAGUUUAGUUCCCACAUGACCCGGCAGGUUUAGCGAUUAAUUGAUAUUGUAUCUAAAGCCCUACAAAGUGACGGUGUGGAGUUCAGAUUGCAGUUAAACUGAGUUUAUUAGAAGGAGGGAAAAGCGUCGGGGCGAGAACCGGUGCAAAGCAUCUGCUUGCCGGUGCUCUUAGGUGGUCUGCGAAUGUUCAUAUUCCAGGCGGGAAAGAGGUGCAUAUUCCGGGCUUCUGCAUGUAAACGUUGGGGUGCCGGGUCACACUCCGUUGGCUGGGAUACAUUCCUCGUACCGUUGAGUAUGUGUAUGUACCAGUACCAAUGUGCAUGUUUUUAGUUGUGUUAUGCGGUUUCAAGAGUACACUGAAAAAAAGGUGUUGAGAACUUGGUACUGACUUUAACACAAGCAUACUUAAUGUAUUUUCUCCUUCCUUUUCUGCACUGGCAUUUACAUCAUCACAUAUUAUGCAAUACCUGCUUUGAGGCAUCACUAUGUAUUGUCCAGGUGGUCUAUAUUUUUUGUUACUCAGUGUUUUUGGGUCUGAUGGUUGUUUCUGUGUUGCCUGCCUCUCUGCAUCAUAAUUUUCAUAUCGUGUCAUUUUAUUUCAGUCUAUGCCUUUUGCUCAUUUUUUGUAUAGCACUGAAUAGUAGCUGGUUUCUAUGCUGUCCUUGUUGCAAACAUUCUAUUUCUGUAACAAAAUGAGAUGGGUCAGAGCAGCUAAGUCUCAAGGAAUACAAAUUCAGCCAUGAUUCUGCUUAUGUUGCAGUGUCCGUUGUAUUGCUGCUUUCCGGGUGUUUGUUUUUACAUUGUGCAAUACAUUUGUAAACAUAGCUCCAUUGCAGUUAUAUGUUGUUUUUUUUUUACUUUUAUCUUGUCUUCAGAAAAAUCUGCAGAAGACAAAUCUGUAUUUGGACUUGUGUUUUGUGGAAGUAAAGGUUGACAGUUCAAGCUUU